AUGCUCGAGCAUGAUCCCAAUGCAUCCCGCAGGAAGAGGCGCAAGACUGAUAAGUCCAACGAUGUCAAUCACUCGGAGGGUUCCAUAGUUCAGUACAUCACGGCCAAAGGCUCCCCGUCAACUCCCAACGGUGAAAGCACUACACCCGCUGAAAACGAUACCCCUAAAGUGACCGAAACUGGAGCUAGCGCUCUUCCUUCAACUCCUUCACCAGACGUCGUGGCUCAAGAUAAGUUUCAUGUAGCUGAUGAUUCUGCGCUGGAUAAGGCAACGCCUAGGAGGUCUCCAAGACAGAAAACCAUCAAACUGAACCCCAACGGAAAGCUUCUCAGCUCGCCUGUCGCGGAUAAGUCGGAAAAGUCGACAAAGAAGAAGGAUAGGGGGCGCGGCAAGUCAGGGCCUCAAAGGGAUGUGGGCAGCAAGCAUAAAGUCGUGAUCAUCAAAUAUUCCAACACAAAUGACGCUGCAGAGAGCUUGGGAAAACGCAUUGACGACAUCAUCAAUGAUCGGACGAAAUACGCCCCGCCAGUUAAACGUCAACCGACUGUUCGUCCUACAGCUAAAGAUGAACCAGGGAAACCCACCCAUCCAUUCUUUCUAAAGAAGGCGACGCGCAAAUCAGAUGCCUUGCAACAUCAGAUUACCAACCAAGAUUCUACAGCCGCAGACAAAGGGGAGGAAGGAGUCAUUAAGGCCCCGUCACCGUCUCAAAAACCUCCAGCACCCAGCUUAGGAGUCAACAAGACAACCAUAUGCACCCCCUUUGCACAGCGAGCUUCUAAGUUUCCAGAACCCAUGCAGCCUGUAUGGCCUCCACGAGAUUUUGUUCAUGUCCGUGGAAGCCAAUCAGGACAACCUAAUCUUCAGUAUUCUCCAUAUGUGGAUCGAAAGAAGUCCAAGAUGGCUACUAUAAACAUUCAAGAUAAAGAGAGUGUACUUUCACCGAAGAUGCAAGGGCUUUGUCAGGAGCCCGCCAAAAUCUUACGGAUACCUGACAGGCAUGUCGCUAGCGGGAACAUCCUAAAAAAAGCAAUAGCCGAUCAAUUAUCCCAGUCCACCUUAUCGAACCCAGAUAGCUAUACUCUCAGUGAUACAUGCCAUCCGGCUAUUGCCAAAUUAUACACCUCUAUACCAUAUUCGAUGACUGCUUUUGACCGCGGGGAGUACGACAGUUGUCUCUGGACACAAAAGUAUGCACCGACCUCAGCUGGGCAAGUGCUCCAGACUACCAGGGAAGCUUCUAUGCUGCGUGAUUGGCUCAGAUUCCUUAUGGUGUCUGCGGUCGACACAGGUAAAGCCUCUAAAGAUGGAGAGGCAAAACGAAGCUUGGACACGAAGAAACGAAAGAAGCGCAAGAAAACGGAAAAUUUAGAUGGAUUCAUCGUUUCCAGUGCAGACGAGGCAUCUGAACUGGGCGAAGUCGAUGAAUCAGAGGAAGAUGAGCUAGCGGGUGGUGUAACAGUCUCGUCGAGGAGAACACUUAUCCGAUCUGGUGAUCUAACCCUAGAAAAGGGGCGCGUGUCCAAUGCAAUACUUCUAAGUGGUCCCUCUGGAUCUGGAAAGACUGCAUCCAUUUACGCGGCCGCAAAGGAGCUUGAUUUUGAGGUGUUCGAGAUCAACCCAGGCAACCGCCGCAGUGCCAGGGACAUUUUGGAACGCGUUGGUGAUAUGACUCGCAAUCAUCUUGUGCAUAACGUGAAUGGUAACGACGAGAAAUCCAGCCGCGAAUCCUCCGAUAUUGAUUCUCUGAAAGACGAGGCCUGCGACCCGAAACAGAACAAACUGAUGGGCUUCUUCAAGUCCACGUCUGCCGGUGCUAACAAGGAUAAAGAGAUUAAAAGACAAAACUUGGAAAAGCAAACAGACCUGAAACGUUCCCGGAGUCAGAAACAAUCUUUCAUUCUCCUGGAAGAAGCGGACCUUCUCUUUGAGGAAGACAAGCAGUUCUGGUCGGGAGUAUUGGCGCUAAUUAACCAAUCAAAACGUCCAAUCAUUAUAACUUGCAACGAUGAGAGUCGAAUCCCACUCGAGGAUAUAUCUUUUCACGCCAUUCUCAGAUACCGGCCCCCACCUCAACACCUUGCCGUUGAUUAUUGUCUUCUGCUAGCUGCGAAUGAAGGCCAUAUGCUGAAACGCGAGGCUAUCGAGGAUCUUUUCAAGAGCACUGGCAGGGAUCUACGUCGAACAAUCACAGAACUGAACUUCUGGUGUCAAAUGGCUAUUGGUAGUGAGAAGUCUGGUCUUGAUUGGAUGAUUGACAGAUGGCCCCGAGGUUGUGAUGUGGACGAGGACGGUUGUCCGCUCCGAGUGAUCAGCGUGAACUCGUACGAACCGUUCAUGGGCUGGUUCAGCCGUGAUAUGCUGUUACUUAAAGGCUUAGACAGUGAGGUCGAAUCGCAACAAGAAGCCUUUUCUUGGUGGGCUCUCAGUCUGCAGGAUGCGGAAAGAAUGUCAGAUAUGGAUGCGGCACAUGCUACACCGGUGGCGUCAAACAAAGAACGACUUGACAGACUGCAGUAUCAGUCCAACCUCAUGGAUAUGAGAAGUGCCCUUGACGUCCUAAGCCUUGAUUGUUCACUUGAUCUCAAAUUGGAUGCUGUUGAUACUUCUAUCCCCCCAAUGCCGGAGAAGCAGAAGGCGAACUAUGUUGACGGUUAUCCCUUAUUGCACGCCGAUGUCGUGUCCGAUCACUCGUCAUUGUCUACGAGUAUCGCGAGUACAUUUGAGGUUUUAUUAGGCAGAGUAUUCCGGCCAUGCCAGGAAGCCAACAUCGAAUCAUUACAAGCAGAGAAAGUACUAGACAACGUUACCAAACCAAAAUCCACGAAUUCCCCGCAGGCCGAAUUCACUAGAGCGUUUGAGACAGUCAUGAGAGCCAAUUAUGUAUUCCCUCUCCCAACCGGACGGCUAAGUCCAUCAUUCGAAAAUGGACUACGACCUAUUAGUGAAGACCUCGGCCCGUACGUGCGUGCGAUUAUCGCCUUUGAUCUUCGUCUCGAGCAGUAUCGGAUGCAGCUCAGUGGAUUACUCUCUCAGAAUGGCCAGGGUUCGAAGAGAGCACGAACAACAAGGGCGAGUCGAGCGGCACUUGAGGGUGGCAGCAAAGCCGAAACACGAAAGGAGCGAUGGUUUCCUCCUGAUGCUAAUCCUACGCUUAUUCUUGCCACGGGUGGACAAGAUUGGCAGGAUCUCUUAGUACAGAAUGGCUAUUUCGUGGUUACGGGUUCGGAACCUAGCAGAGAAUGCAAUGACCAUGCAGCAACCGAGAGUUCCAGCGAAGGGGGAAUUUGA